UCUCCCUGUUUCCGCAGCGCAACCGCUGCCCAGCCAUCCCUCUUGUUUUCGCGUCUCUGCCCGCUGAUGGCCUCCGCCGCCGCAGGCGAUCCCUCGCUGCUGCCGCCGCCGCCGCCUCGCGGGUGGCUCUCCUGCCUCGUCAGCGGCGCCGGCCGCCUCCUCGCCGCCGUCCUCGACCAGGAUUCCCCCUCCUCCGAUACCACGACCUCCUCCCCGGAGUCGUCGCAGUCGCCGCCGCGCCGCGGCCUCGUCGCCGCUGAUGAUGGUACUGGGAUGUGCGUUGCUUCUGACAGCUAUCAGUUAGACUUGAGUGGAAAGGAGAUCGUUUUGAAAGAUUCUGGCAAGGGAUCCUUUGCAGUUGUCUCAGAAAUAGACCCAAAAGAAGCUGUUAAGCAGUUACUUAUGCAGGAUAGUUACUCACGGUUGGAAUGUGAUGAAUUAAUAAAGACAAUUCAAGAGCGGGUGGUAGAUUCAGACCCGGGUGUGGAUGAACCUGAAAUUAUUCUUCCCAUUGCAUGGCAUGCUAGCACUCAGCAACACCCUGUUGCAUACUCUUCGAGUCCAAACACCUCUCUAAAGGCAGAUUUGGAGAUUCCAGCUUACAGUCCAGGGUUUGACAACAGUGUUGAGAAGGAAUGGCUGAAGAAAAGUUCAACUACUAUCAAAGGCCUUGGCACCAAAAAUCGUGACAAGAGUCAGCCUGUUAUGAAACGAAAGUACUCCAGCACAGGGGCUACUUUUGAAGAGUCUCGAAGAGUCAGACUAAAGCAAAAUGGAUCCAGCACUUUAGGAAAGAAUGACAAGUGCUCCGUGGGCAAUGCCUCUUGUUCUGCCUCCAAGCUGAUGUUUCAAGAAGAUAUUGAGGCUGCACCCAGCGUAUCGAUGGGCUUCCAUCCAGUGAACAGCUCCAAAAGUUACAAGAGGGGUUUCAACUUGCAGAGCAACAUUCCUACGAAGACAAGGACACCUGCGACUGCCUGCAGAAGUCGUCGCCCAAACAAUCGCCAGGCCGACAGAUCAUCGAAUGGGCCGCCACAGCUGAACAAUCCGGCGCCGGCAGGACAGGUGCCCGACGCAGGCCGCAUUCAGGCGAAGAGGCCGGUCGGAAGGCCGAGGAGAGAGUGGAGGUGAGGUGAAUCCAGCAUCCGUAUUGUCUGUCUACUUUAUGAUCGAAAAAUAUUGAAAGGUGAAGGAUAACCCCAGUAUAUGCACGAAGGUCAGGAAAGCUGAAAAAUACACGUAGGCUACUAUUGUAAAGCGACGUCCAGCUUACCGCUAACACCAGGUAACUGUUGGCAUAGUGUAUAUGUCAUGCCCAGUAUUUAGUUUGGUCGGAAAUGUUCUCUGCGGUAGCACAUUGGUGUAUGGAAAUAUGUGAUGGUUUUGUGAUCGAGCAAUUCGGCCA